AGAGAUAGGUCCCUGAUUGGCUUUGAUCACACGUUAGCCGUGCAAUUGUGUGUUGUGUGGGUGACGUCAAGGGGUUAUUUGUGAUAGUCAGGGGCCGAGUUAGGGGCAUUUACACUGUCAACCACAGCUGAGGAAAGGCAGACAGAUAGACAUAGACAGAAAGAGAGGCAGAGAAGGAGAGAGAGUGGAGGAGAGACAGAGAGAGACGUGGAACCGGAGGAAAGGUUUAGAGCCACCUGGCCAAAGCAUUUACCGGAACCAGAAGCAGCAAAAGCCUCAGCAUGGAUGUCCUGGCGGUGCUGAAUCUGAGCGACAUCGCUGUUUAUUUUUCAAAACUCACCAUGUUCCCGCUGUUUGACCUGGCUUAUUACAUCGUGUCAAUUCUCUACUUGAAAUACGAACCAGGAGCAGUGGAUGUAUCCCGUCGUAAUCCAAUUGCCUCAUGGUUAUGUGCAAUGCUUUAUUGCUUUGCCAGUUACAUAAUGGCCGAUGUCCUGCUUGGAGAAUCGCCUCUCCAUUAUUUUAACAACACUUCUCACGUCUUACUGGCAUCAGCUGUUUGGUAUCUCAUCUUUUACUGCCCAUUGAACCUUUUCUACAAAUGUGUGACCUUCAUGCCUGUGAAGUUGGCCCUCACUGCUAUGAAGGAGGUGGUGCGGGUACGCAAAAUUAGUGUGGGCGUUAUUCAUGCUCACCAUGCCUAUCACCAUGGAUGGAUCAUUAUGGCUUUGGUUGGAUGGGCUAAAGGUGCUGGAGUUGCCCUGAUCUCCAACUUUGAGCAGCUGAUUCGUGGUGUCUGGAAACCUGAAACAAAUGAGUUUCUCAACAUGUCCUUCCCGACAAAAGCUAGUCUUCUUGGAGCUGUUAUCUUCACCCUACAGCAAGCCCGUUGGCUGCCCAUAUCCAAAAACAAUGUUGUCUUCCUGUUUACUAUAUUCAUGAUUGUUACUAAGGUAUUCAUGACAGCAACACACUCCCAUUGGUCACCUUUUGCUCCCAUUGAAGCUUUUAUCUGCCCCAUCGUCUUUAGGAAUACUUGUGUUACCUCUGAUGAUCAUGACCGUGUCUAUUCUCGUGACAAUACACAUAGCUGCUCCCCUUGCAAUCUGUCUCCCUACACCGCCAAGACAAAGGAGGAACUCAAUGAAGGGACAAGGAAGAAGAAGUGCAAAAAGACUGAAUAACUGCUAUGACUCCCAAGACAGUUAUCAAAGUGCUGAAAGUGCAAUUUCUGGGAUUUAGUGUGAUCCGGAAACUGUUAUUAUGAGGAAAAUCAACAUAAUUGUACUCAUACAGUCUACUAGGGUUUGCGUUUGAGCUUGUCUGUCUCAUUAAAUGGAAAGAAAAAUGUGAAUGAAUGUGAAUUAGCCUGUCCUUCCCAGGAAUGUCUAUCCUGGUACUGAAAAAGAAUGUGAUUCCCAGUCUCAUAUCCCACCUAGAAUGGAGAUAGCAAUUUGUCAUUGUCUCUUAAGGCUAUGUGGAUAUAGAAUGGGAAGUAAAUGGAAAGAUGCAUCCUGAAUUGUCCGCCAAAAUUGCUGGGCUGUAUUCUCGGAACUUUGUAAAGAUAAAUGCCUUAUUUGCAUCCAACUAACAUUUGUGCCAGGUCUGAGAGAGUUUCGUUUCAUCACUGAAUGCCAAUGUCAAAAUUGAUUAUUUUUCAGUAUUGUUGGCUAAUAGCUUUUGGACUGAAGAGGCAAAAACAAAUGAUUAGAAUGAUUAAUUCCAGUAAGUGCUGAAGCAGUAUAGCCUCUAAUAAUUAGAGUAGAUGCAUUGUUCCUGUCAAGACUCACAAGUUAAAGACAGCAAUUGAAAUUGAAUGGUACAGACAGUGGAACUGUAACAGGCAGCUGGGAGAAACAGAUCAAAGAUUCUAUUGAUGUUGGUACGGAAAAUGGGACUGCAACAAGCAGCUAGAAGUAAACAAUUCAACAUUUCUAAUGGUAAUACUGAAUAAUGAUUUGUACAUGUUUUAAGCAUUAGUCUACUGAGAUCUAGGAUAAAACUACACCACAGAUAUGUGAAAUGCCACAUAGGAAAUUUCAAAUUUACACUCCAAAAUUAGGUUAUUGUACCAACAUUAAGAGAAAUCCAUUCUGACGCUAUAAUAAAAUGUCCUCAUACGGUACACACACACUCAUUAUUUUCAGGUAAAGGUAGAAAGAAUUUUGUUGUUGCCAAAAAUACAAUGUAAGGAACUGUAUUAUACUUGUGGUCUUCCAAAUAAAAAUUACUUAAUAUAAUAAAGAUUAAAUAUAAACUA